ACUAUCCCGCUAAGCACUCUUAGCUUUUUGUUCUCCAUCUCCUUCGCGCACGUUCUCCUCACUUCCUUCAAUCGCCCCCCACUGCUACUAUGCUGUCCAAAUCCCUCGCACUUUUUGCUGCCUUUGCUGCUAUCGUUCCCGCGUUUGCUGCCCCCCUUCCUGAGCAACUCGCUAACGUUGUUGCUGUUGUUGAAAACGUUGGCGACGAUGCUAAAGUCAAUGUACUGACUCGUGGUCCCGCUGCCUUCGAGGAGGUCGCCAGAAGACUUGAACUCUCCGGACGAGACAGCGGAUGCAGCCUUGCUGACGUCGACAUUAUUAUUUCCAAUGUGCUUAACAAUGCCACGAUUAAUGUCUUGUCUCCAUCUAAGCGCGGCGGCUGUGAUAUUCUCGGACUUACUAUUGAGGUCACUGAUGUGUUGAACAACCUUGACGUCAACGUUCUCAGCCCUGGAAAGUCCAAGCGCAGUGAUUUCACACUUGCUCAACUUGAAUCGCUCGUCACUAGCGCAGCGCAAUCGAAAUCCAAGACGUCUCGCUCAGCGGCUGACAAACGUGGACUUGUCGAUGUCACCGCGGUAGUAGAUGACGUUCUCAACAACCUCGAUGUUAAUGUCCUGACCAAGCGUGGUGAUUAUACCGUGUCUCAAGUUGCCAACGGUAUGAUACGUGCCUAUCUCUGUUACCGCCAGAUUUUGACUUUACAUCGUAGCCCUUCUAAACGCUCUCAAUAGCCGGGCGUCGAAGCGCUCAGGCGAAACCCCUGGCGUCAGCGAUCUUACUGAACUGGUUCUUGACGAGCUAAAUGCUCAGAAAGCUGCUAAGCGCGCUGAUUAAGCUACUAUCGCU